AUGAAUCAACAAAUUCCAGUUGAUAUAGAUUUCUACAAUCAAAUGAUGGAGUUAUGCCAAGAUUAUGUAGAGUGUACAACAUCAUUAUAUAAACUCCAUUCACUUGAUGAUGAUCGCAUUGAUGAAAUUUACAAUUUGAUUAAAGCAAACUUGAUUGAUUCAAAAAUACUUUCACCACAUAAGCUAAUCAAUAUAAUUUGCGAAGUUUACAAAUAUAACAAUCGUUACAUACGUUCAUAUUUUAAGAUUCUAAAAAAGAUUUUCGAUGAUUACAAAAUUAAUCCAAUAAGCGUGCUUAACCGUCUUAAUUUAUAUCUUUAUUGCAAAGAAUAUGGCAUAAGAAUUCAUGAAAGCUUCAAAUCAAAAGAGUCAUUAGAUAUUCAUGAAGAAAACACAAUUUACAAAGCAAUUAUGGAUGAUGACAAAGAUUCAUUUGUUGUUUUCACUGAAAGAGAACAAUUUGAUGAAAAUCAAAAGCUAGAAAAUUCAUUAUAUCCAGUAAAAACCAAUUCAUUACUUGAAUUAUGUUGUUAUCAUGGUGCUGUGAAUUGUUUUAAAAUAUUAAUGACAAAAUUUACGUUAGAAAUCACAAAUUUAUGCCUUCAUUAUUCAUUUUUAAGUGGAAAUCCAGAGAUAAUGAAUGAAUGCUUGAAAUAUGUAACGCCUGAUCAAAAAUGCAUGAAAUAUGCAAUAAUUUCUCACAACCUCGAUUUCAUUACAUUUUUAAUGAAUAAGUACAACCUCAAGAUUGAUCCAGAAGAUUGCCGUCAAAACAAUAAUAUUCAAGCAUUUUUUGUAUAUGUUAAUGAAUAUAAUGAUCUCAACAAAUGUUUCCCACACUGUUCAGCAUUCCAAAUCAAAUCAUUAUUCGAGUAUUUUCUUUCUCAUGGCGUCGAUAUCAAUUCGAAAGAUGAAAAAGAUGAUAAAACUGCUCUUCAUUAUGCAUUAAAAUUCAAAGAUGAUAAAGAAUUUAUCGAAUUUUUAAUUUCACGCGGCGCAGAUAUUCAUUUAAAGGAUUCUUUAGGAAGAAUUGCUCUUUUCUAUGCAAUAGAAUCAUCAAAUAAAGAAUUAGUUGAAUAUUUAAUUUCGCAAGGAUCAGAUAUUAAUGCAAAAGAUCAGAAAGGCCGUAGUCCUCUUCAUUGUGCAGUUACAUUCAAUAGAAAAGAAAUCGUAGAAAUGAUUGUAUCUCAUGGAGCAGAUCUCAAUGCAAAAGACAAUUAUUUUGAAAAUACAGCACUUCAUCUUGCAGUCACUUUUAAAUUCCCAUAUAUUACAGAAUAUCUUGUAUCACAAGGAAUAGACAUCAAUGCAGUUAAUCGUGAUGAAGAAACCCCUCUUAUGAAAGCAGCUAAUAAUGGCUCAAUAAAAGAUGCUGAGAUUCUCCUGAAAUAUGGUGCAGAUAUUGAUUGUCGCACAGUGUUUCAAGAACAAAGUGCAAUUCAUCUUGCAGUGUUGAAAGGUAAUAUUGCAUUUGUUGAAUUGCUUCUGAAGUAUGGCUCUAGCUUAUAUGAGAAAGAUAUUGAUGGAAGAAAUGCUCUCCACUAUGCUGUUAUUAGUGGAAAUGAUUCUAUGCUUGAAUAUGUAAUUGAGCAUACAGAUGGCAUCAAUAGACCUGAUUAUAAAGGAAAAACAGCACUUCACAUUGCAGCAGAGCAAGGUUUCCAACAAUUAGCAGCAAUUCUUAUCUCCAACUUGAUCAAUAUUAAUUCUAUUGAUGGAAAAGAAAGAACAGCACUUCAUCUUGCAGCAAUUAAUAAUUUUCCUGAAUUGGCAGAUCUCUUAAUAUCAAAUGGAGCAGAUAUCAACUCAAAAGAUCAUAAGGGAAGGACAGCUCUUCAUUUGGCUGUAUUAAAUAACUGUCCCGAAAUGUUAAAUUUCCUUAUAGCACAUGGAAUUGAUAUCAAUGCUACCAAUAAUAAAGGAAUGACUGCUCUUAAUGUUGCAGAAGAAUAUGCGCUUACAUCUUUCAUUCAAUUUCUUCAAUAUCAUGGAGCAAUUCGCUAUGAAAUUGAAUCUGAUUCAUCUGAUUCGUUUUCUGAAUAUGAUUCAUAA